GCGCCACACCUUGCAACACUUGUUAGCUAGAAGUGCAAAGAAUUUUUAAACGGCGUCUGUUUGUGUUGUCGAGCCUUGUAGACUAUUGAAUUAACAAUAACUAAAAUCAAAAUAUCAACAUAAAAAAGACUUCAGUAUUGUAGUAACUCAACAUGGCUGGAAUUGAUGGCCAGAAGGCUCCCAAAACAUCAGGUCUACUGAUGUUGGGGUCCAUUCUGUCUUUUAUCAAACUUAUGCUCUUGGUUAUGUCUUUUGCCAGUCCUCACUGGCUAGUCUCAUGGCAAGACACUUACAGUCCGUUCAAGAACAUGGGUCUCUGGGAAUUCUGCUUCAGCAGAUUUCGCUACCCCAAUUACCAAUUUGAUGAUCUCUUUGACGGUUGCCACUAUGUCUUUAGCAAGACAUAUUUCGUCAUCUGGGAAUGGUUACUACCAGGUUGGUUGAUGGCAGUGCAGGCUUUUAUGACCUUGGCUUUGAUAUUCUGCUGCUCUGCACACAUUGGGUCCACCAUGCUCCUUGUGCGCUGGCCCCUCAACUUCACAUUCCGACACCAGUGGCAGAUCCUCUCUGUCUGCACCAUCCUGAAUGGAUUGACAACCUUGUGUCUGUUCCUAUCUGUGGCCGUUUUCGGUGGCCAGUGCUGGAGACGCGAUUGGAUGCUCUACCCCAAUUUCAACUACCUCUCCUGGUCCUACGCAUUUGCCGUCAUCGCCAUGUUCGUUGGAAUGGCCGCCACGGCGUGUUUCUACUUUGACGCCAAGAGGACAGUGGAACGCAAGAAGGCCAGCAGUAACCUGGUUGUGCAAAUGCAAUCGCACGGCAGCCAAAUUUACAUUUAAAAGACGCAUGUCAAGUUUUUUCAUUCCUCACGUUUUAAGGGCUCCAACAAAAUUUGCAACUGUGAAUCUCUUUUUGCUCCACCUCUCAUAUCCGUCCGUUAAAUUGUAAUUUUUUCUCCCAAAGUAGUUGCUCCCCCCCACAAGAGUUUCCCCUUUUUUUC